AAAAUGAUGGUUGAAAGCAUCCUUGAUAUUUUGCUGUCUUACCAAGGUGUUAUUAGCGGACAAACUAACCUGGCCUUGUUUGCGAAUUCACAGCAUCCAUUAAUCAAGGCACUGAUAACAACUCGGGAGUAUUCUCUUAACAAAAUGCUGGAAUAUUCCAACUUCCAGAGCGCUUACCGCCCACAGUACGGUGAUAAGUAUUCAACCCUUGUGUCAGUGAUCAGUUCGUUCGCCUCUACGAUUCUGGAUCAGAAAUCUAUAUUCGACAAAACUGAUGCCGAUGAUCUGAAUCGCAUGACUGAUGCCGAUAUGAAGAUGAAAGUGGCACAAAUGGACAGCUUCUUUGCACUGGUCCAUUCAUUUUGUCAUCUAAUCUAA